GUUCGCUCACGCAAGGCUGCCAGACCGGUAAAAAGUCACCAAAAACAACGCGUUCUAAAAAAAAUUGCAAUAAACAAUAACAAUGUUAUUUUACUCCUUCUUCAAGUCGCUAGUGGGCAAAGAAGUUGUCGUGGAACUCAAGAACGACCUAAGUAUAUGUGGCACGCUGCAUUCGGUGGAUCAGUACCUCAACAUCAAGCUGACGGACAUCAGUGUUACGGAUCCUGACAAGUACCCGCAUAUGCUGAGUGUGAAAAACUGCUUCAUCCGGGGCUCUGUGGUACGCUACGUGCAACUUCCGGGCGACGAGGUAGACACCCAGCUACUCCAGGAUGCAGCAAGAAAAGAGGCCGUUGUGAGCACGAGAUAAGGAUACCAUUACCUACAAAUAUCAAUACCACUAGAGCUAUCCCAUAGUUCGAUAAUCUGCCCUAAAAACUAAGUGAAUUGUUGUUAAAGCAAAACCAAUAAGAGGAAUCCCCGCAAGAA